GGUCAAAUUUCAAUCGCAUGUCUGUUUAUAUGGCUGUCCUCACAAGUGAAUUGAAUGCAGUAGAGAACGUGUUCGUUAACCAUUUGGAUGUUGUGGGUAUUUCUUUAGUAAUAGAGAACAUCUUGGUUUAGCUGUAAUGCCGAAAUAUUAUGAAGAUAAAGAGGACGACAAUAGAGCGUGCUCCGGGGUAAGGGAGGAUUUGAAGUCGUGUUUGCUUCAACAUGAUUGCGUUCUCAAGGAAGGGAAGAGUCCAAGAGAUUGCUUGAAGGGAGGAGUUUGUAAAGCUCUGCAAGUUUCUUUUUUUGAAUGUAAAAGGUCAAUGCUGGAUAACAGAUCAAGAUUCAGAGGAAGAAAGGGUUAUUGAAAUGCAUUUUCCCAACAUCAGAGGAACAUGGAAAAUAUGACAUUCAUGGUCCCUAGUUCCACAAAAUAACACCACACAAAUACGACUGUAUACAAUAAAGACCUGUAGUAACAACUUGAUUUUCUAAAUAGUUGCCUUAACAUGUUCUAUAUGUAUAUUUACUGUUAAUACAUGUUGUUCCAAUUA